AUGCACUUCAUGUGUCGUGAGGUGAGCAUUGUGCUGUCCAUGGCGACCGGAAGUGCGGAAAGGGAUCCACUCGCUAAGAACGUUGACGUUAUGCCGGCGAUCAGAAGAGUUGCCAUCUUUUACCACUUUGGUUCUGGACUCGCGUAUCACCUCAAGGUGCAACGCUCUCGACGAUAG